UGAGCGCCCAUCACCAUGCCUCGGAAAAUCGAGGUGAUCAAGGACUUUCUGCUCACAUCCCAGCAGAAGGAUGCCAAGUCUGUCAAGAUCAAGAAGAACAAGGAUAAUAUCAAGUUCAAGGCUGAAUGCAGGUACCUUUACACCUUUGUCAUCACAGACAAAGAGAAGGCUGAGAAGUUGAAACAGUCCCUGCCCCCUGGUUUGGCAGUAGAGGAGCUGAAAUGA